AUGGCCUCGGCCAGCCGUGUGGACCUCAAUGCGGACGACAAAGGCCUUCGGACCUGUUGGACUUCGUGCAAUGUGCUUCCUGAGUGGCAAGGAGCCAUUCUCCAGCACCACAAGCUUGAGACGCUCGACGACUUCGUCUUCAUGAUCAACAAGCAAGAGUGGGAGACGUCCCUCAAUGCUUUCUGCCAGGAGGUGAACGCUAUCAGGGACAACAGGCUCGCGCUGGCGCGAGUCAAGGCUUCGUGGCAGGCCGGGUCAACGGCCAUCCAGGCAUGCCAGCAGACUGCCAUUAAGCACCAGAGCGACAUGGACCUCGAUGAUCCGUUGCCGGAGGCCACGUUGCAAACUCUGCAACAUGACUGGAAACGAUCGUACCAGUUGGUGAUGGAGCCUCAUCUCGAGCCUGCAGAUAGCUUGAGAGGAAGAGUUUACAGGGAGUUCAAGCGCCGCACAAUGUCUGUCUUGGACGCUCGGAAGAUCAAGACCAUCGUUGCCCAGUCCAUGCCAUCCAGAGAAGAGAACAUUCUCCUUCACACCGGGGUCGUCCUUCAGAUGCACAAAGAGUCUCUCGCGCCUUUGCGCAGCGCCGACAGUGACGGCGUCGAAAGGAAGAUGAUUGGCCUCACCGAGAGCCUCAACUAUGCAGAUGUCAGUUUGCGGAACUGCAUGGAGUUUGGUGGGGGCAGCCUCGCUUGGUAUGAGCGUAACGACAAGCUCACCCGAGGUAAGAUGGCCAGUUUGGUCCGCAGAGGUGAUAAUGCUUGCACGGCGCUGGCGACAGCCCUGCAGGAGACGCACCUCGAGUGGCGAUCGCCGCCAGCUCGGUCCUUGGAGAGCGCAGGUGCCCCUGAGCCCAAGCGUCGUGUCACAGCUGACCCGUCCGCCACCUCGCCAAACAAGGCUCCCCGUUUGCAAACCGUCUCCAUGGCUAAAGGUGGCCGCAAGUUCUGCAAGGCUUACAAUGACGGCAGGGGGUGCAACCGUUCUCCAUGCCCGGACCUUCAUACCUGCGACGUCCGGCUGCCGUCCGGAGCGGCUUGCAACAGCACUCAGCACACCAGGCUGCAGCAUCCUGCCUGA